CGCGUCCCGCCCCCUCCCGGGCAGGUUGGCGGUCGCAGUCGCAUCUUCGCCGGCCGGUGCUCCCGCCGGGACGCUGUUGCGCACGCCUCAGCGCGGUAACGGACGCGCCGCCCGGUGCGCCGACUCGGCCCCGGGGAUGGGCCCCAAGCUCGCAGACUCGGUGGAGGCGCUCCGCGCCGCGGGCAACCAGAGUUUCCGCAACGGCCAGUUCGCCGAAGCCACCGUGCUCUACAGCCGCGCGCUGCGGACGCUGCAGGCGCAAGGUUGCUCGAACCCGGAAGAAGAAAGCAUCCUCUUCUCUAACCGCGCAGCGUGCCACCUAAAGGAUGGCAACUGCAGGGACUGCAUCAAGGACUGCACUUCAGCACUGGCCCUGAUUCCCUUCAGCAUGAAGCCCCUCCUACGGCGGGCCUCGGCCUACGAGGCCCUGGAGAAGUACCCCCUGGCCUAUGUGGACUACAAGACCGUGCUGCAGAUCGAUGACAGGGUGGCGUCAGCCAUGGAAGGUCUCAACAGAAUGACCAGAGCUCUCAUGGACUCGCUGGGGCCUGAGUGGCGCCUGAAGCUGCCCUCUAUCCCCUUGGUGCCUGUCACAGCUCAGAAAAGGUGGGAUUCCUCACCUUUGGAGUACCACACAGAGAACACUAAGGGCAAAUUCAGAGAAGCCACAACCGCCAAGGGCAGAGUGUCUUCUGCUGGGGAUGUGGAGAGAGCCAGAAUUCUGAAGGAAGAAGGCAAUGAGCUUGUAAAGAAGGGGAACCAUAAGAAAGCUAUUGAGAAGUACAGUGAAAGCCUGUCCUUUAGUGACAUGGAGUCUGCCACGUACAGCAACAGAGCGCUCUGCCAUUUGGCCCUGAAGCAGUACAAGGAAGCAGUGAGGGACUGCACAGAAGCCCUCAGGCUGGAUGGAAAGAACGUGAAGGCGUUCUACAGACGAGCGCAAGCCUACAAGGCACUCAAGGACUACAAAUCCAGUUUUGAAGACAUCAACAGUCUUCUGCAGCUUGAGCCGAGAAACGGCCCUGCCCAGAAGUUGCAGCAGGAAGUUAACCAGAGCUUAAACUAAAGACCCAGAAGGUUGGCGGGAAACCUCUGCCCGAGCUCCCUCCUCCAGGCCUGCUCCUGGGACCCAGCAUACCCCCAAGUGAGCUCGGAUGUGACUCAGAGGUGACGGCUUCCCGCCCCUUAAGAGGCUUUGCUUGUUCAAAUUAAGCUCAGAGUAGUAAAACAAAAAAACAAACCCCAGAUGUUGUUUUGCUGGAACGGUCCCUACUCCCCGCCUGCCUCGGACAGUUGGCAGAGCACUUGGCUCUGUCCCUGCCCCAGCUGUGCUCCCCACGGCUGCCCUUCUAGCUGCACCAGACCCAUCUCACUGUGGUUCAUCUGAGCAAACUGAGCUCGGGGAUUGGGGGGCUAGGGGGGCAUGAGGGAUAAACUAGAACCCAGAGCAGCCUGUUGAGCUGGUUCUCCAGGGCUGCCGUCCCCGCCCUGUCCUGGGCAGAGUUCCCUGUGUUCUGAGCUCCAGUGCCUUUUGGCUGGGCCCUGCUUUGGUGAGGACACGGAAUCCUGACCCUCAGAUGGCCUUGUCCGUAGCUCUGCGCCACAGCCUCCUGCGGGGAGGUGCCCAAGCGGUUUUAAGAGUCCGGAGGUGUGGCCGCUCCUGAAGGUGGGAUGGAGAGAAAGGCCUUCUUGAAGUCCAUGUCCUUCCACUCUGGGCAGGGAUUUCUUUUGACCUCAACAGUGGCCCCCUCCAAGCUUCUAGGUUCUUUGUAACGUGAAGUUAAUUUGAACUAAACUACUGCUUUUGUUGAACUGUGUAUUCAAGCUAUUGCAUUAAACAUCUUUCUGGUACAUA